CACCCACAUACAUUCUAUAUUCAACAAAAAAAAGUAACAAUAAACUGUAAACUCCCUCGAGUCAUACUUCAAUAUACGGAGAAUUGGCUCUAUCUAGCUGGUACACAGUUGUUCUGGCUGGGGUCGUGCGUCACACACAGGUGCAUAUGCACACAGCCAAAAUGCAAUCCUUAACGGCCCUGACAUCUCUCCCACGCCAGCUUCCCACCCACAGCUAGACCUACUUAUACAUCUAUCAUGCCUGACGCCAACGAAGCCCCGCCGUCUGAAUUAGACAUGGACGUGGACGAGGAAAUCAACAAGGAAGACGCACUCUUUGAUGAAAGCGAAGGCGAGGACCUCAACGGCAACAUGGUGCCCGAGUUGCCCCAGCUCAGCCGCAAGGACAAAACGCUCAAGGAGAUUGUGGACAUGAUGGAUGACUUUGCUCCGAUCAUUCCAGAUGCGGUCACUGACUACUACUUGGCCAAGAACGGGUUCGACUGCAGUGACGUCAAGAUUAAGCGUGUGUUGGCGUUGGCAACGCAGAAGUUCAUCUCAGAUAUCGCGACAGACGCAUACGAGUUUUCGCGCAUCCGCUCGGUGGCGUCGGUCUCAAACUCGCAGGCCAAGGCGCGGCAGCUACUUGCGUCGCAGCAGGCAGGGAGCACGUCUUCCGGCGGUGGCUCGACUGCCAACCAAGCAAAGAUUGUCUUGACAAUGGAGGAUCUCAGUGCGGCGUUGUCUGAGUACGGGUUGAACGUGAAUAAGCCAGAGUUUUAUCGUUAGCUCGAGUGGCGGUAUUUGAACCCGAAUACAAUGCACGUGCCAUAUCUGCGAGUUAGCUCACACUCGUGAGUUCACAUUCGCGCAGCGCAUAACCCGAGCAUAGACGUCUCUAUUCGCUACUUUGUAUAUUAGUAUUCUGUUUUAUAUCUGUGAAUAAAGGGAGCAUCUUUCUAUAGAAACAGGCGAGAAGUGUCAUGUCUUAUCAAAACGAUACCAGAUUAGUAGGUAUGUCUAAAACUACCAGCUUUACAAUUUGUAGACCAAAGCCUGUUUAUUCACACUUUAAAUAAAGGAUCAAACAUAAAUACAACUCCCG